CGGGAAUGUUGUUGUGUUCUGGAGACGUGGGAGGCAGCGAAGCUCGUCCAUGUGACUGAAAUAGAAGCAGCCACCCUUCCUCCAAGUAGAGUUUACAGGUGAAGCUAAACCAGCAGCAGGAGCCAUUACACCUCUGUCUGAAAGUUCAGCUCAGACAUCUUCAAAUAGGAGCCAGACUUUCACCAGAUCCUCCAACAUGGGUGAAGAUGCUGCACGAGCUGAUCAAAGCUCCAACACCUUGCCUGGUCCAACCAAUUCCGAUUCCGCCACUGCUCCAGCGGUGGAUGCCCAGGAUUUCUUCAUCCCCAGUUCAGGUCCUACUUCCCCGACUCACACGCUUUCCCGCAUGGGUUCCAAACCUCCAACCAGCCCAACAAGUGCUGCAAGCCAGGUGAGCGCCAUCACGGUGGUGGCUCUGCUCGACCAGCUGGUGGUGAUGAUUGAGACAGUGCAGGAAAACCAGCGGCGCAUGGAGAAGCGCCAGACUGACCUGGAGGGCACCGUGAAGGCCGUACAGGCCGACUUGACUCGCCUAAGCAAGAGCCAUAUGACUACCUCUGGUGGGGUCAACAAGCUGCUUGAGCGCUCCCGCAAAACCGGCAUCUAUGUCAAAGAAGUGCGCGAGCGUCUCGAUCGCCAGUGUGGCCAGGUAAAGCGUCUGGAGGCCAACCAUGCACACCUGCUCAAGAGGAAUCACUUCAAGGUGCUCAUUUUCCAGGAGGACAAUGAGAUCCCCACCUCCGUGUUAACUAAGGGAUCCAUGGCAGACAUUGUUCAAGAUGAUACUGUUGCCUCUGCUCGUGCUUCAGUGAUCGAUCCCAAUUACUCCCAUGAGGAAGGAUUGCAGACCAUCAGCCUUUCCUCUGAUGAAGAAGAGGGAGCUGCGAGCCCCCCACUGGAGGGGGGUACACUACCCAGAGAGGUGCAUGAGGAUGAGUUCCCAGGAGCGGGAAGCGAUCGUCUGGAAUGGUCUCGCACUGACAAGUUCAAGCGAUCCAGUUUGAAGAAGGUGGACAGCCUAAAGAAGGCCUUUUCACGCAGCUCCAUUGAGAAGAAAUUCAACAAGAUUGUGCCCCCGGAGCGGCGUGAAAAGAUCAUGAAGAGCCUCUCUCCUGGCCAUCCCAGAAGCCCAACCAGCAAGAGUUCAUCGUUCCACGUCACUCCUAUGACUUUCAACGUCAAGAAGUUGCGAGAUGGAGAAGUUGAAACCACUCAGGCUGGAGGUGAAAAUGCUACGGUGGAGGUGCCACCAAUGGGAGGGCCGGAUGGUCAGCUACCCCUGGCAGAGGUCCAUAAUGAAGAGGAAACGAUUAACGGAAAAGAGCACAGUCCAUCCUCCACAGGCAGCGCAGAUGGUGUCGCCUCGGUUACAGAAGAAAUUGAUAACGAGCUUGUUAUCAAGAAAGAGCUUGAUAACGGUCCCUCAGACAAGGUGGCAGAAGAAGAGGAGAUACAAGAGCCCAAUGAAGCAAAUAUUGGGGCUGAGGAGAAUACUCAUGAGAAUGGUGAUCAUCAUGUUGGAGAUGAAGAGGAGGGCAAGACCCUGUCUGCACCUGAAUCUCCUCCGUCAGCUGCAGUAGCUAUCCAGCAAGCCUCUUAGAUUUACUAGCAUUCCAUCGAUAGUGGAGAUCUUGGCGCGGGAGUAAACCAUCUGUUCAGAGUCAGCUGUGUUAUGUAAGCAUGCUUGUGUUAUCAGAAUGCUUGUCUGAUACAAAACAGGGCAAAUGUUAAAAAAAAAAAAAAAAAAAAAGACCCGUCUCCCCCUCCCCUCAAACUGGGCUUUACAUGGUGAUGGGUGUCAAACUGUCUUACCACCUGUGAUAUUUUAAAGCUGUUCUAGCUUUUCUAUAUCUCUGCUUGUAUAUAGUCUUAAACCUAUGUUGCAUGCAAUCCUUUAUUUCACCUAUUAUUCUUCCCAGUAUACUGUACUACAAUAGAUAAUCAAAUCAAGUGUGAUUCACCGAGUUACUUAGAUUUAAAGAAAUAUAGUUUAAGAAAUGCCCUUUUUUUAAAAAAAAAAGCUGAGAAUUGUCUGACGUCCCUGAACAUUGUUUACUGCUUUCAAAGCAAAAUAAAGUUUCAGCAUAAGUGAUAACAAUAAAAAUGAAUUUUAAUAAAGUGUUUAUCUAAAA